AUGACUCGCACUAAGACCAUUCUCUUUUGGUCGACACUGCUGCCAGCUAUCCACACUGCAGCACAGCAACAGCUCCUAUCGCAGCCUCGGCGCUUUACCCUGAAUGACAUCGUUCCGUCCACUCAUUCAGCAACUGGCGACGUUAAAUGUUGCCCAACAGGCACCACAUUUGACGGUACGGCCUGUGCGCUAGUCGUGCCCAAAUGUCCAGACGACACUGAGUUUCGAGAUGGCCACUGUAUCUCCACGAGAGAGCCUGUCUGUCCCGGUAAUGGCCAAUGGAAUGGCCAUACCUGUAUCACUCCCAGUGAUCCUUUCUGUCCUCCGCCAUAUAUCCAGAGAGGUCCUGUUUGUCCUGCCUGUCCGAACAAGGGUCACUUCAACGGGCAGAACUGCGUUUAUUCGGAAGGGCCUUCGUGUCCCGAUGGUUCAAGCCUGUCCGGUUCGGUCUGUGCCAUCGACGAGGACCCUGACUGUCCUUUUGGUACUACAUUCUUGGCUUUGAUCUCCAAGUGUGUUUCCACCACCAGCCCAACCUGUCCCGAUGGUAGUUCCAUCAAUGCAGAUGGCAAUGCUUGUGUCUCGGAUGUUGAGCCAGAGUGUCCAGAUGGCACUAUUUUGAACAAGAAAACUGGACGCUGUGGCUCCUCAGAGCCAUUGAGGUGCCCAGAUGGAAGCCAUCUCGUCAACAAUCUGUGUUCCACGUUCGCGGAUGCGACUUGUUCAGAUGGUGCCGAGCUCGUCACGAACCAAAGCUCGUGUACAGCCUUUUGCUGUCCUCCCAACAUGAGCUGGGAUGGCCAAUACUGUUACAUAGCUGCUGUUGAUGGUAAAUGCCCAGACGGGAUGAUCAGGGACGAUGAUCGCUGCGUAAGGCCUGGUAUUAUGGACCCUUCAUGCCCACCUGGAAUGGACUUCGACCAGAAUGCCUGUGUCACACAGGAGACAGCCCACUGCCCCCCUGGUCAAUUCAUUGAAGGAUCCCUGUGUGUUGGCCGGGACCGCCGACCUGCCAAUACGGUACACUCGUCGACGGAGAGUAACGAAUACUGCGUUAGCCGCGAGACCCCUGAUUGCCCCGAGGGGUCUCAGUGGGAUGGAACGAACUGUAUCCUUGAUGAUGCUGUGAGGUGCCCUGACGACUCUGUUUGGACUGCUCAGGAUCGUGCUACGACUGAAAAGCCAAAGUGUCCGGCCGGCAUGACAUUUAAUGGACAAGCGUGUAUCUCUAACGACGCUGUCAUUCCUGUCUGCCCAGUUCACACGACACUUAGUGAUGACACCUGUGUGGCUGGUGUUCCCGUUCAAUGCCCCGGGACUUCUACAUUUGACGGCACAGACUGCCUCACUGGCGAUAUCCCUGUUUGUCCUAUUCCGGGCACGGAACUCAUCAAUGAUGAGUGUGUUCUCUCCAAGGAUCCUUCUUGUCCCCCUGGAUUUGAUUGGGCUGGUAGCAGGUGUGUCUUGACGGAGGGUAGUGACUGCCCUGAUGGAUACAUCCUCCAAGACGGAGAAUGUGUUUCUGAUGUCUCGCCUUCUUGUCCUGAUGGCUCCAUUCCCAAAGGGGACAAAUGUGUUGGUGGCAAGCCAGUCUGUCCAAAUGGCACUAUCUUCGUUGGGAAUGAGUGCCUCUCGACUGAUGAUCCGACUUGCCCUGAUGGCUUCGAGCUCAAGAACGGCCGCUGUGUUCUGUCAGAAGAUCCCACAUGCCCUGAUGGCUGGGUGUUCAGUGUCGAGGAGAACAGCUGUGUUUCUGAAACGCCUGCUGCUUGCGGUUCUGGCCAGGCUCUGCACGGCAACACCUGUGUCCUUGACGAAUGUGUCAACUAUGAAUUCUGCCCGGCUCAGCUCACUGCUGCUGGAACUCUCCACUAA